AUGGACACACAGCCUCUGGCUACAGGGGCCAGCGACGAAGAGCCCAAGGAUAUUCCCCAGGGCAGAGAAACCAAGGUGGAACGUUCGCUUAAGGCGCGCCAGGUCUCCAUGAUUGCGCUUGGUGGGACCAUCGGGACCGGUCUCUUUAUUGGGUCUGCGACUCCUUUAGCGGUUGCGGGUCCUGUGAAUGCGCUCAUCGCGUACAUCUUCAUUGCGAGUAUCGCAUACUCUGUCACGCAGAGCUUGGGUGAAAUGGCCACCUACAUUCCCAUCACCGGUUCGUUUGCAACUUUCACCACGCGUUUUGUGUCUCAGUCGUUUGGCGCGAUGAACGGGUGGAUGUACUGGUUCUCGUGGGCUAUCACUUUCGCCAUCGAGAUCUCUGUUGUAGGGCAGGUCAUCCAAUACUGGACCAAAUCCGUUCCGCUUGCAGCAUGGAUCGGUAUCUUCUUUACUAUUUUAACUGUUGCCAACUUGUUUCCUGUCAAGUUCUACGGUGAGGUUGAGUUCUGGGUUGCGGCCAUUAAAAUCGUCGCUAUUGUCGGGUGGUUGGUCUAUGCGUUCUGCAUGGUGUGUGGGGCCGGGAAAACCGGUCCUGUGGGCUUCAGAUACUGGCGCAACCCAGGCCCAUGGGGCCCGGCAUUAAGCCCAGACGAAUCGGGAAAUGUCAUGGCGAACAAAAACCUUGGGCGUUUCCUUGGUUUCCUCUCAAGUUUGAUCAAUGCCAGUUUCACAUACCAGGGAACCGAGCUUGUGGGUGUUACCGCGGGUGAAACCAAGAACCCGAGAGUCGCGGUUCCAAAGGCCAUCCGCAAGGUUUUCUACAGAAUUAUGAUCUUUUUUGUCCUCACCAUCCUUUUCAUGGGUUUACUUGUGCCAUAUGACGACCCAAAGCUCGCUAGUAAGGACUCCUACAUCUCCUCCUCUCCGUUUGUCAUUGCCAUCCAGAACUCCGGAACCCCAGUCUUACCCUCCAUCUUCAACGCGGUGAUCUUGUGCACCAUCAUCUCUGCCGGUAACUCCAACGUCUACAUUGCCUCUAGAACCCUCUAUGCAUUGGCUGACUCUAAGGUCGCGCCAAAAUUCUUUAUGUGGACUAGGGGCGGUGUGCCAAUCAUCUCUGUGCUCUUUUCUGCGGCCUUUGGGUUGCUUGGCUUCUUGGUGGUUUCCAAGAGUGGGAACACCGUGUUCGAAUGGUUGGUGAACAUUUCGGCUGUCGCUGGUAUGAUUGCGUGGAUCUUUAUCGGUGUGUGCCACAUCAGAUUCCAGAAGGUGUUGGCGCUCCGUGGCAUCUCACGUGACUCCUUACCGUUCAAGGCACCAUUCCAGCCAUACCUCGCGUGGUACUCCACCAUCGCCAUGGUUAUCAUCAUCUUCAUCCAGGGCUACGGCAGUUUCUUCGGCUUUAAUGCGAGCAAUUUCUUCACGGCGUACAUUUCCUUGAUUCUCGCUGUGGUCUUGUGGAUCGCCUUCCAGAUUUGGUUCCGUUGUCCGUUGCUCCUCUCACUUGACCAGAUUGACAUCGACACCGGGAGAAGAGAGGCCGACAACAUUAUCUGGGAAGACGAUGUUCCGAAGAACUUGUGGGAGAAGUUCUGGGACAUUGUUGCCUAG